AUGCCUCAGAACACGGCCGCCGAGGCAGCACCAGCGUCGCCUCCCUCCACUCUCGCCGGUCUACUCAACUCCAUCAGGAUGGAUCGCCUCAAGGGCAUGCUAUACCGCCGCGGGGGCGCAAAGGACGACCGCGACGCCGACCCAGACGAGUAUGCGCCGUUGCGAGACUCGGGCGACGAUGCCUCGGAGAGUGGAGACAUAUCUGACGACGGCGAGCUGUUCGAUACCACCGAGGUGCCCUUCUCAUGGUUCGAGUACGCCAUCUUCGCCAUGGUCGGCGUUGCUAUGCUAUGGGCUUGGAACAUGUUCCUCGCCGCCUCGCCCUACUUUGCCUCUCGCUUCUCCGACGACCCCUGGGCCACGGAGAACUUCCAGUCGGCCAUCCUCUCCGUCUCGACCCUGACCAACCUGGGCUCCAUGCUCGCCCUGACCAACAUGCAGCGCUCCGCCAACUACCCGAACCGCAUCAAGCUCGCCCUGCUCAUCAACACCGCCGCCUUCGCCCUUCUGACCCUCUCCACCUCCAUAUUCACUGCCGUGUCCGCCCGCUGGUACCUGUCCUUCCUCCUGGUGGACGUGUGCUUUGCCGCCCUGGCCACGGGCCUCUUCCAGAACGGCGCCUUCGCCUUCGCCGCGAGCUUCGGCCGCCCGGAGUACACCCAGGCCAUCAUGGCCGGCCAGGGCGUCGCCGGCGUGCUGCCGGCCCUGGCGCAGAUAGUGAGCGUGCUGGCCGUGCCGCCGACCCAGGGCACCACCGGCGACGACGACAGCGGUGGUGACACCGUCUCCGACCCUGUGGGCUCUGCCGCCUUCAUCUACUUCCUGACCGCCGUGCUCGUCUCCCUCUGCACCCUGCUGGCCUUCCUGCCCCUGGUGCGCCGGCACGACCGCCUCGUCGAGUCCCGCAUGGCCGCCUCGCACCCGGACCUGGCCGCCAGCAUGCUGUCGACCCACUCGCACGCCGACAUCCAGGAGGCCGAGCAGGCCGCCCGCAGGGUCGUCGGCAUGCGCGCCCUGUUCCGCAAGCUGCACUGGCUGGCCGGGUCCGUGUUCAUGUGCUUCGCCGUCGCCAUGUUCUUCCCCGUCUUCACGGCCAAGAUCCCGUCCACCCACGACGGCGGGAGCAGGCUGUUCGACGCAGAGGUCUUCAUCCCGCUCGCCUUCUUCGCCUGGAACCUGGGCGACCUCCUCGGGCGCAUAGCCACGGUGGGGCGGUGGAACGCCGCCGUGCGCACGCGCGCGCCCGCCGUGCUCUUCACCGUCUCUGUCGCGCGCGCCGGCUUCCUCCCGCUGUACCUGCUGUGCAACAUCCGCGGCCGCGGCGCCGUCGUCCCCAGCGACCUGUUCUACCUGGCCGUCGUGCAGUUCCCCUUCGGCCUGACCAACGGAUGGCUCGCGUCCAACAGCAUGAUGGGCGCGGCCGAGUGGGUCGACGAGGACGAGAGGGAGGCCGCUGGGGGGUUCAUGGGCCUGAGCCUUGUGGCUGGGCUGGCUGUGGGUAGUCUGCUUAGCUUUACGGCCGCUGGGAUCUAG